AAUCCAAUCCCGCAUCACCAACUUCACAACUUCACAUCUCUCACCUCCCACCUCGACGACGACAUUGACGACGACUACUUUCCCCCCUUUUAAGAAGCAUAUUUUGGCGACAACAUAUUGCGACACAUUUUAAACUGCUGUCCUAUCAUUCAUGGUCAUCAAGUCUCAAGUACCCCAAUUACGAAUUAGGCUGCGGCGAUAUUUGAACUGAGACCCCACCGACGAUGGCGGUCAUUGACGAAGAUACAUUCUCCAGCAUUCCCUGGAAUAGCAGUAACAGUGCUUCCGAUGCUGCAGAAUCAAGCUCUUCAACGCCCGUAGUAAAUGCAGAACCACCGACCGCCGAAGACCAACAUCAUGGAGAAGACCUACAACUCCAAGACCCCGGAUUGUCCGGUGACAUAUUAGAGUGUACCGUUUCGGAACCUCGCAAGGAGCAGGAUGGCACCAAAGACGCUUUCGUAUCAUAUCUGAUUACUACUAACUCAACAUUUCCCUCCUUCCAGAAACCCACAUUUACCUCCCGCCGUCGCUUUACCGAUUUCGUUUUUCUUUACAAGUCUCUUUCUAAGGACUAUCCUGCAUGCGCCGUACCGCCUCUUCCCGACAAGCAGCGCAUGGAAUACGUGCGAGGAGAUCGCUUUGGCCCGGAUUUCACCAAUCGCCGAGCCUAUUCCCUACAACGCUUCCUGAUGCGCCUCACUUUACAUCCUAUCCUCCGCCGAGCUCCUAUUUUACACACUUUUCUGGAAUCCCCCGACUGGAACGCGACUAUGAAAUCCCGCGCAGCUAGAACUAGCACAACCUCGGAGCAAGGCAGUAGUGGUGUCUUCGACAACUUUGCUGACACUUUCAUCAACGCAUUUACCAAAGUCCACAAGCACGACAAGCGAUUUAUAGAGGUGCAGGAGAAGAGCAAUAAGCUGGACGAAGAUCUAGGGCACGUUGAAAAAGUUGUGGCGCGGGUAGCCCGACGGGAGACGGACAUAGAGACGGACUUGCGAGAUCUCACGGAACAAUUCCAGAAACUCAUCACACUUGAACCGGGAGUAGAAAGCGCCGUUCACGGCUUCGCAGCUAGCGUGGAGGACACGGCAACCGGACUCAAGAAGCUGCGCGAGCACACGGAUCAGGACUACCUCGGCAGCCUGCGGGACAUGCAAGCGUACAGCCAAGCGCUGAAGAACCUGCUCAAGGCGCGGGAGCAGAAACAGCUCGACCACGAGCAGCUCACGGAGUACCUCAACAAGUCGACGGCGGACCGCGACGCGCUGGCCAGCGGGUACGGGUACGGCAGCGCGGGGGCGCUCGGGGGCGCCGGCGGCUACAUCCGGUCCAAGAUCGAGGACGUGCGGGGCGUGGACCACGAGGCGAGCCGGCGCGAGCGGCUGCGCAAGCUGGAGAUGCGCAUCGACGAGCUGACGACGGAGGCGGAGCGCGCGAAGAAGACGAGCGAGGCCUUCGACGAGGAGGUCGUCAAGGAGGUCGUCGACUUCGAGAGGAUCAAGCGGAUCGAGCUGAAGAGGCAGUUCGGCGGGCUCGCCGACGCGCACGUCGAGUUCUACGGCGGCGUCAUCGACGUCUGGGAGCAGUACGUCCGGGAGAUGGAGAAGGAGGGCCUGAGCGAGUCGGCGUAUACGGGUUGAGGGGAUGGCGAUGGCGAUGGUGAUGGGAGGGAGCUUUGCCGGCAUGCUAUCGAAACUGGAUGGCCGGAUUUCAACUGGUGGGUGGUUUUGUUGUGCUUCGCCUAGCCCGACGACCUGCACCUCAAUUCCGAGAAUAUCUUACGAACUUCCAUCGAUGUUGUUUCAAGGAUCGAGAUAGCAAAAUCUGAGAUGGCGUUGAAGAAUAUGGAUUGGACGGGUGGAUGGACGGAUGUACGUACCUAAGCAAGCCGGAGUGUAAGCAAGCAAUGGAACGGAAUGAAUGAACACUAGGGAGUUUAGGGGGGUUCAUACGGCGUUGAAGGGAAAUUUUGAGUCGUGCUGUCUCAUAGAAAAAAGAGAGGAGCUUUCCUCUUGUUCGUUUACAUAUCUACAAGGUUACGCUCUACA